AUGAGGACAGGGGCCUUGAGGUUGGGAGGUUCCCGAAGAGGUGAAAGGGGAAACGUGGGGAAACAGGCACUUUCCUGGGUGGCGCCUCCCAAGCCCCAAGCCGAGCCUCUUGCAGGAGUCCAGGGACUGCGGGCUCAGGUGGUGCCGCCCAAGCUGACCACCUGGGGGCGGCGGAACCUCCACCCCUCAGGGCGGACUCGGGGAGCGCGAGGAGCUUUCCCCGGGCCCCGCCCCGGUCACCCGGGGGCGCGGCCUCUGGCGGGGCGGGAGGGAGGAGGCCCCUCGCGGCCUCGGAAGCCGGGGAGCGAACCGGGGCCGCCUCCUCCGCGUUCCGGCCCCGCGUCCCGGCUCCCGCGGGCAGCCCCGCGCGCGGAUCCCCGGCGGCGGCCGCAGAGCCUGCAGGAGUCGGCGCUGCCCCGGCGGGCAGCCCGUGAUGUCGCGGCAGGCCCGGCCCCGCCCCCGCCGCGCCCGGCCCCGCCCCCGCCGCGCUCCGGUCCCGCCCCCGCCGCGCCCCGGCCCCGCCCCGCCCCCGCAGCGCCCCCGCCUGCGCCGCGCUCCGGUCCCGCCCGCGCCGCGCCCGGCCCCGCCCCCGCCGCGCUCCGGUCCCGCCCCCGCCGCGCCCCGGCCCCGCCCCGCCCCCGCAGCGCCCCCGCCUGCGCCGCGCUCCGGUCCCGCCCCCGCCGCGCCCGGUCCCGCCCCCGCCGCGCCCCGGCCCCGCCCCGCCCCCGCAGCGCCCCCGCCUGCGCCGCGCUCCGGUCCCGCCCGCGCCGCGCCCCGGCCCCGCCCCCGCCGCGCCCCCGGCCGGGGCCACCCCCGCGGCGCGCAUGGGGCAUGGAGGCGGCGGCCGGCGCGGGCCGCGGGGCGUCCCCUGGGCCCCCGAGAGCCGCCGCCGUCCCGUGCUUCGGCAUAUCGGUGGACCAGGACGACAUCCUCCCGGGCGCCCUGCGCCUCAUCCGGGAGCUGCGGCCGCGCUGGAAGCCCGAACGAGUCCUGACCAAGCGCUUCACUGACGGCAUCACCAACAAGCUGGUGGCGUGCUACGUGGAGGAGGACAUGCGGGACUGUGUGCUGGUCCGAGUCUACGGGGAGCGGACGGAGCUGCUGGUGGACCGUGAGAGUGAGGUCCGGAACUUCCAGCUGCUACGGGCUCACGGCUGUGCCCCGAAACUCUACUGCACCUUCCAGAACGGUCUGUGCUAUGAAUACAUGAGGGGCGUGGCCCUGGGGCCAGAGCACAUCCGUGAGCCCCGGCUCUUCAGGCUGAUCGCCUUAGAAAUGGCCAAGAUUCACACCAUCCACGCCAACGGCAGCCUGCCUAAGCCCACCCUCUGGCACAAGAUGCACAAUUACUUCACCCUCGUGAAGAACGAGAUUAACCCCAGCCUGUCGGCGGACGUCCCUGAGGUCGGCGUGUUGGAGCGGGAGCUGGCCUGGCUGAAGGAGCACCUGCCUCCGCUAGACUCCCCGGUGGUGUUUUGUCACAACGACCUGCUCUGCAAAAACAUCAUCUACGACAGCAGCAAAGGUCAUGUGCGGUUCAUCGACUAUGAAUAUGCUGGCUACAACUACCAAGCUUUUGACAUUGGCAACCAUUUCAAUGAGUUUGCAGGUGUGAACGAGGUCGAUUACUCGCGGUACCCGGCGCGGGAGACCCAGCUGCAGUGGCUGCGCUACUACCUGCAGGCCCAGAAGGGGACGGCUGUGACCCCCAGAGAGGUGGAGAGGCUCUACGUGCAAGUCAACAAGUUUGCUCUGGCGUCUCACUUCCUCUGGGCACUCUGGGCCCUCAUCCAGAACCAGUUCUCCACCAUCGACUUUGAUUUCCUCAGGUAUGCGGUGAUCCGAUUCAACCAGUAUUUCAAGGUGAAGCCUCAGGUGUCGGCCCUGGAGAUGCCAAAGUGACCACCCUUCCCAGCCCUCCUCUGUCUGCCUGGCCAGACCUGCUUGUUCUCCAGGGCCCGGCUCUGCUCUGGGGUCUGCACCUUGGACAAGGUGGGCAAGGGGCCAGGGGGCUGUCCCUGAAGAGCGCUCUGCCCCUGUUCCCAGCCCUGAGAGAUGCUUCUGGUGACCGUUUUUGUUUGGAGGGGCUGAUAGGACCCAGCUCUGGGGGUCCUCUCCACCUUGCCAGACUUGGUGAUGGGGAGUGCCUGAAGCCAGGUGGGACUGGGACUGCAGCCGCCCUGGGAAGCCCAGCCUUCCCAUCCUGGCCAUCCUGAGUCUGGGCUCAUACCUCAACCACCCUGGGGGGCCCAGCCUUCCCAUCCCGGCCAUCCCGAGUCUGGGCUCAGACCUCAACCACCCUAGGAGGCCCACCCUUCCCAUCCCGGCCAUCCUGAGUCUGGGCUGGGACUCAACCACCCUGGCAAGCCCAGCAUUCCCACCCCUGCCAUCCUGAGUCUGGGCUGGGACUCAACCACCCUGGGAGGCCCAGCCUUCCCACCCCAGCCAUCUUGAGUCUGGGCUGGGACUCAACCACCCUGGGAGGCCCAGCCUUCCCAUCCCGGCCAUCCUGAGUCUGGGCUCAGACCUCAACCACCCUGGCAAGUUCAGCCUUCCCAUCUGGGCCAUCCUGGAGCCUGGGCUGCCUUCGUGUCUUUGACCUUCCUGACCUGGGAGAGGGGGAGGGUGGGGGGCCUCCUUUCUACCUCCAGGGCCCUGAGCCUCCAGCCUGUCUACCCCUGCGUGCCCCAGGUGGGAGGUGCUGGGUCCAGACGAGUAUCCUGCCAACUCUGACCGAUGGAUGUAUAGAUGCUGGGAGAGGUGUCUAGAGUCAGGUUUGAUGGCUCCCCCAGCCGCCGCCUCCUGAGAUCCCUCCCUUUCUCCAAAGCAGAUCCAGCCAGAUAAGCCCUUCCCAUCCCUCAGUGCCCCUUCUGCCCCGGGCCUGUGCUCAGUCCCUCUGCAGCCUGCCAGGAGGGAAGGGAGGGCAUGGGCCCGAAGGCUGGCUCGGCUUCAGGCUGCCUGGCUGGAGGGGCUGCAGCCCAGAGCAGGCGGCUGCACGGUGGCCGGCAUCCUCUCCCCUCCCUCCUUGCCCUCCCGGCCCUCACUUCCCAGGAAGAGUCUUCUGUCCUGAAGUUGACCCAUGGUCUUCCCCCGAGGAGUGACUAGUGGGAGUCGAAGGGCAGGGGCCACGGACGGCCAGGGCUUGCCCAGCGUGCAGGGGCCUGGGUGGGAUUGGCGGUGAUGGUGCUUCCCCGACUCUCAAUGGCCUCCACCUCCUUCCUGCCCACACCGCCUUUUGGGUCCUCCUGGCUCUGGACUAUAAAAUGACUCAUUUGUAAAUGAUCAUCAUUUUCUGCAUUAAAAUGGUCAUGUAUGGACCACCCCUGAGA